UCCUGAGUACGCUGUAAUUUUCCAAUCCCAUGCGUUUAAAAUUAUAAAUGAGCAAAGCUAGCAUACCUUGGCAUAUGAAACUUAAAUAGAAGCACUGCGAUGGGCAAAUCGAUACAAGUUGAUGUGGAACAUUGUGGUUUAUGUGCAGCGCAUGCGCGCCAGUGCAGAUCUCUGCAGAAAUAUAUAAUGAACGAACAGCCUGAUACGGACCUUGUAUGCCGAGCAGGUCGACGUGGUUCUUUUGAAGUGGUCAUAAACGGCAUGUUGGUACAUUCAAAAUUGCAGACACAGGCCUUCCCAUCACAGGAUGAUAUACUGCAGAGAGUAAAAAAUGUGCAAGCAGGUUUGCCCCCCAAUUAUAUAAAAGCAGAAAAUAUCUGUACGCUAAUGUGAAAAUCCGCUUCCGUAUAUACAAAAAUACUUUUCCUAUAAUUUAGUCGACAAAUGUAUUUGUGAAUUUUUUAUUUUUACAAUUUUUGUGAUGCACAUUUUGUGAAUAUUU